AUAUAUAUAUAUGCUUAUUUCUACCAUGAAACCAUAAACAUUGUAAAUGCUUGUAUAGUCCUCGUCUAAGGCUUUACAAUGUUUCUCUUUAAAUCUUUAAAUACAUCACUCGAAAGAACAUAAUUCUGAUAUAUAAUAAUAUAUUUAUAUAUAAUAACGUUGUAGCAAUAUGACGUGCAAUGGACUGGUAUGUGAUUCUGUAUUUAAAGUGCAAAUGUUGUGUGCAACUAUUAAGAGUAUUCAGAUGUUACAAAUUAAUAUGAAAUAUUGCUUAUCGGUACAUAAAACGACAUGCAAGCGCACAUGCGCGUUAUCACACACACAUGUAUGAUAUUAGUUCUGAAUAAGCGUUGAAAUAAGACACGUUUGUAUAUAUUUAUGUAUAAUAUAAAAAUAUCAUGUGUUAGUUAUUAUUGUAGAUUUAAGUAACUGAUGAUGAUAAUCAGAAACAGUAGCGUCGGUUGUUUUAAAUUCGUAUGGAGUUUUAAAAUGUCUUGCUACUACGAGUUUACUAGCUCGUGAAAAAUAUUUGAAAAAUUAAUAGAUUAUAAUUUUUUUCCUUUGAAAAAAUAUGAAACUCAUAGAAAUCACAUAAACAGUGUUCAAUUAACUAUGCUUAAUGUAUGUUAACCAUUAUUAUUACCGAAUCAAUUUACCGAUUCACUGAUUCUUUUUAUAAUUUUUCCAAAAUUAAUUUUUCGAAAGUAUCAACCAUAAAUGACAACUAUGGUAUCUUAUAUUUAAUUAUCUAUGAAAGAGAACAAGAUGAUGUUAAUGAAGCACUCAAGUACGCGAUGUCUUUCCUAAAGCAUAAUCAGAUUUCGAUUUGCAGAAUUUGUACCUAUACGUGCUUGAGUUAAAAUAGUUUCAAUACAGGUUGUAUACCGCACAAUUAUAUACAAUGAGGUCCAGUCAAAGUGAUUGUCACUAAAAGAUAUCAAUGUAACAUAGUCUAACGUAGCAUUCGAUGUGUCUAUUUUAAUUGAGCUCCAACUGCAGGCCAUGUAUACUUUCAAAAUGUGUACAUGUGUGUGUGUGUGUGUGUGCCCAAAAUGCCAAGCCAACAUUUCUUCCCUUAAAGUUAAGAUAGAAAUUUAUAUAUUUGACAUGAAAAUUAUCUGAUAUAACGACAUAAAAAAAAAAAAAAAGAAAGAAAGAAAGAAAGAAAGAUCUAAUACUUCACGCAGAGGUAUCGUUCUAUCGAGACAUAUUACAUCAUUUUCAUGCACUUUCAAAAUUUUCAAAUGAUUGAAACUAUAAGCAUUGAUUAUAUAAGUGCUAAGUUUAUUGUUUUACUAGCUUAAUGUGAUUAUAAAAAGGAUGACUUUUAAAAGGAAAGAAAGAAAAAAAAAAAAGAAAAAGAAAAAAAAACAAUCUUGAUAUAUAUUUUUUAAUAACUACAUUUAUAGAUAUAUUAAAAAUUUUCAAUGUAAACAUGACAAGAUGUCAUUUACAUAUCAUUACGAAUCUAUUAUUCAUUUAAGUAUAUUCCUAUAACGAAUAUCCACAUCUCUCGUCAUUUUUAUCUUGAAUAUAGGAAAUAUUUUGAUAUCAGAGAUUUACAUUGAAUUGAGCUUACAAAUACUUUCUGUUUUUUUUUCUCAAUUUUUGAUAAAUGUGCAAAAAUAGAUCAAAUUAUAUAUGUUUUUAUGAAAAUAUUAUAUUAUUUCACAUUACAAUAUUAAGUAAUAAAUAUUUAAUUAGAUUAACUGUUUGUCUAAAACAAUAUAAUAUACAUACAGCUUUCAUAAACUAUGCAUUUGAACUGAUACUCCAAAUAUAUUUUAUAUUAGAGAUUAGUCUAUGCAUUGGAUUAUAUUUUCAAAAAAAGAAAAAGAGAAAAAAAAAGAAAUAAACACAAAACCUAGCUAGUAUAAAAUUAUAUUCAAAAGUCAUGUAAGAAUGUGAAGUAGUAUCUAAUCCAAUAGAAAAAAAAAAAAAAAAAAAAAAAAAUUAUGCAAAUGAUAAAUAAGAAUCAUUUUCAAAUUUCUUGCGAGUUGGCUUGGCUUCUUCCAAACUCAGUAUUACAAAAUCUUAAGAAAAACAUUUAAAAAAAAAAAAAAAGAAAAAAGAAAAAAAAAGAAAAAAAGAAAAGGAAAAAAAGUAAAUUUGAAUUUACAACUUGUAAAUUGUUUCUCAAACUAUAUUUUAUAACUACACUUUCAUGAUAUUGGCUUCUGUCGUCUGAUUUCACUAUAAACUUUUAAAGAACUCCCUUUAUAUUUUUAUCAAUCAUUUAAAUUUUACAUAUAUGUUGAAGGUAACACUUACAAAAUUGUUGGCAAAUGAUAUUUUAUAUGUACUAUAAACGAUAUACAUCUUUAAGAUUUUAUAAAUAUUUACCGAAACGCAUAACUAAAACUACUGUAAGUGGUUGCAAUGGUAUGCUUUUAUAACUCCCUGCUAUGUUAGCACACUAGUUCAUAUAUUAAGAACUUCAUUCUGAACCAGUUUAAUUGGAACCAAGUACGACUAUUUGUCGUCAAUAUCAGAUAAUGGGACCGUUGUAAGAUUUUAUAAUAGCAUACUAAAGGUAUAGUAUCACUUUUUAUAGAUUAUAAAAGUGCCAACAUUUUGAUAGCGUUACAAUCACUUUUCCUCCUAAUUCUAUGACUCUGUUAAACUAUCAAUGAAAAUGUAAUUUAUUUAUUGUAAAUAAAAACAUAUAUUGCUUACACAUGGUUUUGUAUGAUCCAUUUUAAUGCGUUGUUAAUGUAAAUUAAAAAAUAAUAGGCUAAAGGGAUAUACAUAUAUAUAUAUAUAAAAUAAAAAAAAAAAAGUACAAAUAAAUUUACAUUGAAUUGUUGCAAUUACUGCGCAAAUAUUUCUGUAUAUAAAAAUUGAACAUAUAAUAAUAUUAAAGCAUAUCUUAGAAUUCAACUUUUUGCUAGUUUUAUUAACAACGGAGCAGACUCGAUUCAUUUUCUCUAAAAAAAAAAAAAAGAAAAAGAAAAAAAAAAUGUGAACGUUAAAAUUCACGUAUAAAAACAAAAAAUAAUUCGAUUUAAAACAUUUUGAUCCAAAUAUGGUAUCACAAGCCCUGAAUUCGUCGGUCAACCGACGAAAUUAUCGACGACCAAUAAAAAUCGAGUAUCCGACCAGUUACUUGCAUAUAGGUGGCGUGAUACGUGGUAAUUAAAUAUAAUUAAAAAAUAAAAAAAAAAACCCAAGCAAAAAAUUAACGGUCGAAUUCCGUUAUCCUUUUCCGAAAUAUCGAAAUUAUACAAAUCGAAAUAUCGAAAAUAUACAGGAUUUGUAUAUAUCUCGAUAUGUCAAUUUAAAAUCGGAAAAUUAUAUAUCGGCAUACUAUAUUACUCGAUCGAUAAAAUAUUACGUACUAUUCUAACGAAGAAAUAUAUAUGUAAUAAAUAAAAAAAAAAAAAAAAAAAAAAAAGAAGAAAAAAACCAUCAUUUUCGUAUAGUAUAUGCGUAAGAACCUAACGAGUACAUAAAACGAUGAUAUGUUUUCGAUCGAAUAAACAUUAAAAUCUUAUGAUAUCGUUCAUAUUAUUACGAACAAAGAAAUGGUUCUCGCAAUCGAUCAAGAACAAAGACUAAAGACAAAAUAAUAUUGUCGAAAUGAUAUUGUAACAAUCGCAAAGGGUGAGAACACUUUUAAUGUGUCUCGAAAUAUUUGGUUAAAUGUAUAAGAAAUUAUUACCAUUACCAUUCGCGAGAGCCGGCUUCUUCCGAAAAUUGAAUAAACUGGCGUCGUAGAAGCUCGAACAAUUGCGUCCUCCGAAAUUCCCUCGGCAACAGCGACGUUGAAUUAUCAUGUCGUCCUUCAGAGGACGCUGCUGGCGACGUCGUCAGAAAGGCAGUAGACCAAUCGUAGCACUUGGCAACGAACGGCGGGAUAAGACGGAGCACGGGAUUGGUCGAAAGAUCGUCGAGCGACUCGUGGUGGGACAACGGAUAAACAGUUUUCAAAGUUUCGAAGUGUCCUCAAGGCGUGUGGGGGGGUAUCCGCUAGGAAGGGGUAGCGGUGCCGCGUGCGUGUAUUUCCCGCUUCUUGCCUUAGCCAGGCAGACAGCAGCAGCAGUAGCAGUGUCAGGAGCGGAGCACCGAGUAUUAGUGUGGCGGUUACGGCCUUGUGUGAGAAAGUGUGUGUUUGUGUGUGUGAUGAGAAUAGUGUGUUAGUGCGUCGUAUGUUACUCUUUCGAAAGUGAAAAAGUCGAUUAAUUCGGAAUGACGUUUCGAAGUCGCUCGAAAAUAAUGGACCACGAUUAUAUUCUAUUAUCCUGACGGUACAAUAUCGCGACAAGGAACGACGUAUACGUCUUUUUUUUUCCGAGGCUUUUGUUUACAGACGCGCGAAGAGCUGUCUUUCUUGCUUUCUCCCGUUCUUCUCCUCGUUCUUCCUUCCUCUCUCUCUCUCUCUCUCUCUCUUUCUCUCUCUCUGUCUAUCUCUCCGUCUAUCCAUUUGUAUCUUACUCGAGAUAGUCAGGAUCGGGCUAAGCAGUUUCCCGCGCUAAGCACGUGAAAUAAUAAUUACAAGGCAAAAGCGAUAAGAGAUCGGUAAAAGUAAGAGAAUAGCAAUUUGUAUACAUACACGAGAGGAAGAAGAAGAAGAAGAAAGUGCGUCGUAAGUGGCAUUUUACGAUGGAUCUAACGUGGUUGUGUAAUGCGUAGAAAAAGUAGUUGAUAGAUCGAGAGGAAGGAAAGGAAAGAAAAAAAGAAUUUGGAAUCGUUCGUUCAUCGUUCGUUCAUCGUUCGUUCGUUCGUUCGUUCGUUCGUUCGUUCGUUCGUGCGUACGUACGUACGUACGUACAUACGUACGCCGAGGACACACGCGUCGUUCGGUGCUACGUAAUAUGGUGCUUUUGUACGAUUUAGAAAUCGUUCCUAGGAAGAGGUAGUCUACGGUCGACACCGCGAUACGCCGGUGAGACGUCUUUCGCGGCAACGAAGAGGCGGGAAAAUUCGACAGGAUGGAGGAUGAAAUCAACGUGAAUUUGGGAGAACCGGCUCACACCGCUUUCGAUAUAAGUAGGAACAAUUCUCACGGUUCUCAUGACAGCGUUGACAGUGGUUACUUAACCUUGACACCUCAUUCCGGUGUUUACACUCCGAUAAUCGCAGGAUGCAAAUCGCGCGUCACUCCUUUAAAAAGGCAUCAUCGGAUUCGUCAGGAUCCUUGGCAAUCGGAUCGCGCUCAACGUCAUCGUUCAAAGUUUAAUCAGUUGCUAAAUAGCAGUCAUAAUAAUGAUCAUGUCAUUUCCGAAAAUCAAGAAUGCACAUUCUCGUCCUUGGAAACUUCGAACUUGAGUAUCUCGAACCAAAGCCACAGCUUAGAACAUCCCAGUCCAAGUUGCACCACUCGAUAUGAAGAUUUUAGCGAAGCACCUACUAGCAGUAUUUAUGGAACAUGGAGAACUACGGUACCCGUAACACCGGCUUCUGCCAGUUUGCAAAUUCUUUCUCCUCCACCUUCUCCGGCAGUUCCUUCCUUGGCGGUACCAUCUUCCUCCUUUAUUGCCUCCGAACCAAUAGAGGAAGAUGUGGAAAUGAAACUAGUCAUUAUGCCACAGAGUACACCCCAGGAAACUAAUUCUACGCAUCAAAUUCUAGCACCUUGCAUCACGUGUUCUCCUACCAGUAGAAAAACUAAUACCGCAUCCUCUGUCGAGGGUCAAAAACUGCUAAGCAAACUUUGCAUCGUCGAUAUACCUUCUAUAACAGAAAUAAAGCCGAAGAGGUUGGAUUUCAGUCACCGUGCUUUCUCUUUGGCAUUACAUCGUACAAGGACUAGGCUAGAUUACACCGGUAGAAAAACUGUGGAUCUUCUGGCGCUAUUAGGAGAGAAGAGUAAUCAUUGGAGGAUAAUCUCAAAAAUUCUAUCCUUCUUAGGACCACAGGAUCUUUGUUCUAUAAGCAUGGUAUCAAAAGUAUGGAGGAGAAUUUGCGUAGAAGAUUCGAGAGCCAAUACGAGAAGACUGAGCCAUAUAAUACUCAGGCAGAACACCAAGGAGAAUUUGAAAUUAAUAAAGAAAGUCAAAAUGGACAUGGAUACCCAGAGCAGUCCCAGAAGUAGAUUCGUCAGGAAGGGAUGCUUGAUGGAGGUCCAGAACUUGGUUGUUUCUUCCCAGCAAAGACCGCCCAACAGCCCGCCUGUAUCUCCGAGCAAAGUCAAAUUCCAUUCUUUCGUUAAGGCUAGUCGUACACUCGCACCAUGGGAGCAUCUACUACCAUGCCCGAGAUGUUCUUUUCCUUGCCACGUCGACGGCGAAAAGAACGUGGGAACGUGCUCGAGGCAGGGUUGCUCGAUGGAGUUUUGCACGUCGUGUUCUUCGAGGCCCCAUACAGGUCCUUGUAAGACGCCCCUCUUGGCCACGCCAACGAAGCGCAAUAAGCGGCUCGUCGUCGGUUCCAGGCAGAGCAAGCGAAACCUCAGAAGAUUGUAACAAAGAUGACGAGAAGAAGGAAGAAGAAGAAGAAGAAGAAGAAGAAGAAGAAGAAGAGAAUAAGAAGGAGAAGGAGAAAGAAAAAAGAAGAAAGAAAAGAGAAGAUAUAAAGAAAAAAAUUAUUAUUAUUAUUAUUAUUAUUAUUAUUAUUAUUAUUAUUAUUAUGAUGAUGAUGAUGAUGAUGAUGAUGAUGAUGAUGAUGAUAAUGGAAAAAAAGGGCGAAACUUUGAGAAGGAAGAAGAAACGGCGGAAGACUCGUCGUCGGCCGUUCUGCAUAAAAAGAAAAAAUAAAAAGAAAAAAGAAAUAAAAUAAAAAGUAAAAGAGAGGAAAGAAAAAAAGAAAAUAAAAAAUAAUCAAAAUAAGAUCUCAUAUCCGAUCAAUGAUCCCCGAUCGAUGGAGGAGUUUGGUCGAUCAUCGAAAAGAAAAGAGAAAGAUAAAGAAGAAGUUGCCUUUACCUAUCAAGCUCUCUUCUCGUGUAAUAUCACGGUAUAAGGAUAAUCGUAGGAGCGGCACGAAGUUUCAACCUCAAAUUACGGCCUUGAUCGAGAAAGGUAUUCGCCAUGGCUUGGCUCUCGCACCACGUAUGUGUAGUACGUUUACGCGAGAGAGUCGUGGCCUCUCGGUACUUUCUUUCUCUCUCUUUCUUUCUCCCUCUCUCUCAGAAGCAGCAGAAGCCACCGGUGCACCUGAGACCCAGCAACUUCUGGGACCUGCUCCGUUCGUUAUUAUCGGCGAGUUGCAAGGGCCCUGUCGUUUUCGUCGAAGGAGAAAAAGUGGGAGGCGGUUGUUUGCCAAGACAGACAGAGAGAAAGAGAGAGAGAGAGAGAGAGAGAGAGAGAGAGAGAGAGAGAGAGAGAGAGAGAGAGAGAGAGAGAGAGAGAGAGAGAGAGAGAGAAAGAGGAAG